GAGCGCGGACGACGCGUCAGUCUCGCGAUAUCUCCCGAGGUGGAAGCUUGCGUCGUUCGUUCGCCAAGUGAAUAACCACGUGUUUGUACUGUCGAAACGAAAUAGAUUUUACGAAUUAUCAACAGUGUGUCCUGUGUUGAAAAAUUAUCCACUAAGAACACGGGUAGUUCAUCGAAACGAAAGCGUACAAUAUUGUGGUAUUUUUGUAAACGUAUACUACAGACCUGUGAACAGUGAUGGUAAUGGCGAAGAAAAGUGAGUUAUGGCGGCGCGAGCGGUGAGCCGCCGCGACAUGGUGCUGGUGUUGGCGCUGCUCGCUGCGUGCAGCGUGUGGGCGGCGGCGGGCGGCGCGCGGCCGCAGCCGUUGGCGGUGCCACGCUGCUGCCCGUCCGGCCGCCGCCUCGACCCUGACGCGCUGGAUGCGCUCGCGCUGACGCCGGCCGCGAGCGCCGCUGCGUGCGCGCCCGCCGCCGCCGACGAGCCUACCUGGACGCCGCUAGUGUAUGCGCCGGCGCGUGGCGGAUUCCUAGAACGUGGCCGAGUGCCUUCGCACUGGCGCGUCGGUGAGGCAGCUCCACCGGGCUGCGCCGAGCUCCGAGCUCUCCCCGACCACGCUGGCUCCUACGCGCUACUCGCUAACAACGGUUCCUUGAUGCUGCUUCGUGGGGAGGUGCGUGUGUUGCCAUUGGAGCGGUUCUGUGUCGACGUAACGGCGGCGCUCGUCUGUGCCGAGGACGUGCCGCGAGCGCCCUCGAAGUGUUGUUCUGAAGGACGCGCGGUGGAAGGCGCACAUUGCGUGCGCGACGAGCCUCUCGCGGCCGAUGCGCUGGAGGAGUUGGCGGCGCUCGCCAACGGCAGCACUGUGGGCCGCGGGUGGCCGGCUUGUGCGGCAGGGUCGCAGUACGCGGUGGCGGGCGCGCUGAGGGGCGCUCGUCUCGCGGCCGACGGCGCGUUGGAGCUGGGUGGUGCGGGAGGCGCGCGGCUCGAGGCGGGCGCGUGGUGUGCAGAUGCGGUACGCGGCGAAACCGGCGCGCGCGUGCUGGCGUGCGAGGCGGCAGCGCGGGCGCCGACGCCGGCGAGGGGUGCGCGACAUGCACUGUACGGUGCUGGUUUGGCGGUCGGCGCGGCGUUCCUGGCGGCGACGCUGGCGGCUGGCUUCGCGCUGCCGGCCGCUCAUCACGCGCUCCACUGGCGCUGUCAGACUCAUUACGUGGCGGCCCUGAUGCUGGGCGAUGUUCUGCUCGCGGCCACACAGCUCGCCGCAGAUCGGGUGCCGCCCACACUGUGUCGUGCGCUAGCGGUGUGCAUGCAUUUCCUGUUCCUGUCCGCGUUCUUCUGGCUCAACACGAUGUGCUUCAACAUCUGGUGGACAUUCCGCGACUUCCGUCCGACGAGCCUGGAGCGCGGCCAGGAGGCGUGGCGGCUGCGCGUGUACAUGGUGUACGCGUGGGGUGGACCACUGGUCGUGGCGGGUGCGGCGGCGCUGCUCGACCACCUGCCGCCCACCGCCGCGCCACUGCUGCGCCCACGCUUCGCCGUGCAGCGCUGUUGGUUCUACGGUGAUAUGGAGAUCUUGGUGUAUUUCUUCGGACCGGUUGGCGUGCUGCUGCUGGUGAAUUUGGCGCUGUUCAUCUCAACGACGCGACAGCUGACGUGUGGCCUGUGGCGCCGUGACGAGGUUAAAUCCACGUCAGAGCGCGCCGCGCUGGGCCGCGUGUGCGCCAAGCUGGUGGUGGUGAUGGGCGUGACGUGGGGCGCGGACGUGGUGUCAUGGGCAGCCGGCGGUCCCGAAUACGUGUGGUACGCGACGGACUUGCUGAAUGCGCUGCAGGGCGUCUUCAUCUUCCUAGUGGUGGGGUGCCAGCCGCACGCGUGGGCGGCGUUAAAGCGGUGCGCGGCAGCGUGCUGCGCCGGCGCAUCCGAGCGAGCCGCUGCGCGCGCCACUCACUCUUCCACGCACCUGCCUUCGUGCGGCGAGUCUCUCACGCACACCACGCAGGCACCCGCGCCGGCAGCCCAGGCCGCUCCAGCACUAGGUGCCGCCGCGUCCGCUGCGCCCGCGCCCGCGCCCCGCGUGCCCAUGGAGACCGUGUGCUGAGACUUUCGUGCAAACUGACGACUCACUAGUGACGAGUGACUGGACCCGCCAUCGAGCUUUAAUGUAUUCACGUAUUGAAUAUUUAUUAACCAGUAUUAUUUUGUAUUUCCUGUGACGAGUGCGUGACGCCGAGUGAGGCUGUGCCGCGUGUCACGUGAGGCGUGACACGUGACGUAUGCAGUGUGCAUUGUGUUAUAUAUGUUUAUUGAGUGAACCGAUGACUGUCUUGCCCUUUUAGAAUGGCUGUUGAACCAAAAAAUAAAUUGGUCAAAACGUAAA